AUCCGCCGCCUCCCCCACGCAUGCUCCCAGCUGCACGAGCCGGCAGCGCCGGGAACAGCGGUGCGGGGCGGCGCGUCUCCCCAGCCGGACGCGGGGCCGGGGCUCCCCGGGGCUCCCGCAGACCCUGGCGCGCCAGGCGGUGGCAUAGCAUGGGCGAGCCCUGGCCGAGGCAUGGGCAGCGCUAAGGAGCCAGGGAGCCUGCAGCUGCUCGCUCAGGAGGGGCCGGCUGAGGACGGGUGCUCUCCGGGCCGCCAGCAGACGAGCGGCUACCUCCGCAACUCCCGCUGUGGGGCCGGCGCGCUGGCCAUGAGGAACUGCUGCGGCACGGAGCCCGGCGGCCCCGAGCCCGGCAGCCAAGGCAGCACAGAGAGCCGAGCUGAGGCCCCCGCCAUGGCCCAGCAGUCCGAGCCGGCGGCUGGCGGCCAGGCCUUGGCUCUCAAGGGCCCCGGCGCGGGAGCGGGGCCAUUGGAAAAGGGGGACGAGCCAACGCCUGUGGCUGUGAGCUGCUUGGGACAGAACGGCGAGCGGAGCUCGGGCCCCUUGGCGCUGCCCGAUGGCUCUGUCAUCCCCCAGGGCCCUCCAGCGGGGGAGGGCGCUGCCGUGGCCAGCCCUGGGCCGCUGUCUCCGCGCCUCCUGCCGGAGCCGUGCCUCAAGGGGCACAGCAGGGACCCGGAGGGUGCCCCGGCCGCUCUGAAACACGUCGUAUUUCUUGAACCAGCCAACGCAGACCCUGAGGCAGACGGUGCCGGAGCCACCGCGGUCAGUCCUGAGCUGGGUCCGGUGCCUCCCAUGUGCCCGCAGGACCGAAGCCAAGAGCAGCCCGGGGCCUCCGAGGGAGCCGUGUCCCGUUGGAGCGUGGGAGCCCCCGGCACAGCGCCGCUGUCCGAUGGCGGCCUGGGCGCGCCCUGUGGAGAUGCCGGUGGGAAAGCACCUGCAUCUCUGGCAGAGCCCAAGGCCCAGCUGGGACCCCCGGCUGCCCCAGGGGCAGGGGGCAACGGGGACAUGGCACUUCCUUCUGCUCCGGAAGGUACCAAGGACUCCACCCCGGGAACGGAAGCAGCGUCAGGCCUGGGAGCAAGGCUGGAUGCAGGCCCGACCCCGUCAGGCCAAGCCAAGGAGACCAGUCCCCCUGCCCCUCUCUCCAUCCAGAAAGCCGGGCCAGAGGCCCCCUCUGCUGCUGCUCCCAUCAAAUCAGGAGCGAGCCGGGCGGCUCCAGCUGAGGCCGGAGGGGGAGCCGGCCCGCCCCAGGGCACUGUGGAGGGAAGCCCAGCUCAGAAGCAGUGGGGAGCAAUGGGGAUGGAGGUGGGGCCUGGGGAGGAGGCCGCUCAGGAGCCCCGGACUGUGGAGCUGCUCUCCAAGACCUACUCGUUUGAGGUCACUCCUCCCCCGCAGGAUGCCGGGACUCAGGACGCUGGGACGCAGGUCGGCAGCCGAGUGUCGCUGGUGUCUGUGGCCAUCAGCCCCAUAAACCCCCCGGACGGGUCCUCGGCCUUCACCUUCCACAGCCGGGGCCAAGGCCCCUCGGGCCUGAAGAGCCCGGGCCCGGAGCUGAAGCCCUCCAAGAAGGACGCGGAGAUGCAGGUCUCGAUCCCAGUGGAGACCAGGUCUGUGGCCACGGGGCCCAUGACGCCGGUGGCCAAGUCUCCCCAGGCACCCUACCCCGAGGUGCACGUGAAAGGGGCGCAGGAAGAGCCGUCCGAGCCCAUCCGGGAAGUCAGCUGGGACGAGAAGGGGAUGACGUGGGAGGUGUACGGUGCCACCAUGGAGGUGGAGGUGCUGGGCAUGGCCAUCCAGAAGCACCUGGAGAAGCAGAUCGAGGAGCACGGCCGGCAGGUGGUGAUGACGCCGCAGAGCACCCGGGCCAGCUCCAUCAAGGGGGCCCCACAGAAGGGGGAAGUCAAGCGGCAGCCCAGCAUGCUCCGGGCGCUUCUGCAGAGCGUGCGCCGGCCCCGCUGCUGCUCCCGGCCCGGUCCCGCCGCGGAGUGAGGCCACCGCUCGCGCCCUGGCGGGCUGGGAAUGGCAGCGCAGCCCAUGCCGUGUGGUUUCUCAGGCAAUCCCGGGGGCUGGGGUCUCGCCCCUCUGGCCCCAGGCUCAGCAGCUCCAGGCACUUGGACCCCACGGUCUCUUGCUCACCCGGGCCGGACACUGGCCAGACUGCCCCUCCCCGAGCUGCACGCCUGGGCAGGGUGCGGCCUGCAGAGACUUCAGGCCCCAGCAUGCAAUGCUCCCCCCAGCAAUGUCUGCUUCCAUUGGGGUGGAGCACUGCAUGCUGGGACACGUAGUCCCCACAAGCUGCACCUUGGUCUGCAGGAGGGGUUGGCUGUGAUCUGGGCUCAGGGUGCGGCUGAUGCUGGGCAAUGUCUGGGCACCCCUGGGUGGAGGGUGGGAUUUGUACAGUGAAGCUCGUGAUGGGACGGCCAGACGAAACGCGGAAGGGGUGGGGGUGGUUGCGGGCCAGCCCUCGGGAGCAUGUCUGGCAGGGGGCCGGCUCCCCGCCUUCCCCCUGGGUCACAAGCUGCAUUUCCCAAGGCACAGAACAGCACUGGCUACCUUAAAGUCCUACAGCCCAGGUCCUAAGGUCUGACUCCCCGGACAGCGCCCAGUGCCCGGGGCUGAGCCCUGGCAGAGCUGGAGAGACCCGCUGCCCCUUGUGCUUUCCGGGGGGACUCCAGCUUCCCGUCAGCCUGGGCAGCUGGAACCAGCCACGCUCUGCUGCUCUGCAAAGCUGCAGUCCUGCCUCCCCCGCCCGGCCCCCGAGCCACGCGCCCGCUGUGCCAGGCUCCUCGGGGAGGCGGUGGAAGCUUGGCAGUCAGGCUGUGCCCUGCCUGGAGGCAGGGGCGAGCUGGGCUGGCCUGGGAUGGCUUUGCCAGCGCUCAUGUAUUGGACUGUGGUUUGGAGAGACAAACUCCAGCCUCGCUCCGGUUCCUGAGAGGCCCCCGGCCCCCUGGCUCUGCAGCGCAGCCCAGCCGCUCUCACCGACUCCCACCCUCGACGGAGCUCAAAUCUUUGCAGGCGGGUGUCCUCCCCACGUGGCACAGGGCUGCUCACAGGCUCAGGCUUGGUGUGUCCCUGCUGCAGGUUUAACAGCCCCUGGAACCGCCCUGGCUCAGCCCGGCCCGCUGGCCACUCCCGCCCGCUGCCAGACGCUCAGGGAGUGCCGGGGCGGUGCCAGGGGUGUGCAGCAGCAGGCACACACCGCGUAGCUGCGCCUGCAGAUGGCACAGGCCCCGGCGGCAGGGUUCAGGCUGCCCAACUGUCUCCUACCAAAGGGCUCGUGAGCGGGGAAGCGCCGAGCCCUGAGCCCCCAGCGAGAGCCGCGGAGAGGAGAGCAGCUCGGCUGCAGGCCUUAGCCCUCGGGCCAUGUGAAAUGGCACCUGCCAGCCCCUGCUCUGUGCACGGAGCGGCGUCUGCCACCGCCAGACCAGGAGGUGCAGGGUCCCAGCAGCUGGGUUUCCUGGGGGCAGUUUCAGGAGGACCUGGGAGUCCAGCCCAAACUGAACUCAUGGCUUACAGCCAAGCAGCUGGAGGGGCCAGUGGGGCUGGGCCAGGCCUGUGUGGCCGGAGGGGCUAGUGCUGCCAGGCCCAAUAACGGACCCGCCAGGCUCUGCUUGCUGCCUGGACAUAGCGACCCACCGGCCCAGAGCUGGGAGUGGACGCUGCACCCAGGGAGCAGCUGGGUGAGGGCAGGGCCCAGCGGGACGGCACCUGUGGCCUUUGUGCUCAUGUUGCCAGUCAGUCAAGGCAGGUUCCUCCCGCUCCCCCUUGGCUCAGCAGUGGCCUGGCAGACAGGCCCUGGCUCGUGUGCUCCGUUCUCGGCGGGAUCCCAGCUCAUCCCGCACCAGGAGCCAGGUGCCCAGCGGGCUCCACAGAGCGCGGGGGCUGGGGGGGUCUUGGAGUCCAGGCCAAGGUGUCCAGGCCACAAACCAAGCCAAUUGCCUGAGAAACCCAGGCCACUGGGCAAUGUUCAUGUCCUGCCUGUGCGUGUCCCUGCCUGUGCGUGUCGCUGUUGGGCAUAUGGGGUCCCUGCGUGUAUGCGUGUCCCUGCGUGUGUGUCCCUGCGUGUGUGUGUGUCCCUGCGUGUGCGUGUCCCUGUGUGGGCAUAUGGGGUCCCUGUGUGUUUGUGUGUCCCUGCGUGUGUGUCCCUGUGUGGGCAUAUGGGGUCCCUGCGUGUAUGCGUGUCUUUGCGUGUGCGUGUGUCUGGGUGUCCCUGCGUGUGUGUGUGUCCCUGCGUGUGCGUGUCCCUGUGUGGGCAUAUGGGGUCCCUGCGUGUAUGCGUGUCUCUGCGUGUGCAUGUGUCUGGGUGUCCCUGCGUGGGGGCGCAGCUGUGCAUCCCUGAAGUCCAUGUGAUUUUCAGACCACAAAGGGGUUUGUUGGCACGUUUCAUGUUUGGGGUUUUUCAGGGGGAGAUUUUAUUGAACCGUGUUUGAAUUUUCGGGCUUUUUAAAGGACUCAUGCGGCGGCAUUUCCCUCCGGAGCCGCUCGCCCCGGUGGCGUGAGGAGCCGUUCCCUUUUCUUUCCUCUUCUACAAACUUCCUUCGUGGUGGGAUUUUGUGGUUUGUCUCUGGAAACAACCCAGGCAGGCUGAGCCCAGCUGAGCGUCAGUGUGGUGGUGUGUGUGGAGAGUCACAGCUUCUCGGACACACCCUGGCCGGAGCUGGGGGCACCACCCACCCCUGCUGCUCCGACAUGCACCCUGGUGAAGCCCACGCCGCAGAGCCUGCUGGUGGUUCCUGUGUCAAGCCCUCCCGCCCCCGCCUGCCCUGGCAGAGCGAGCCCCCGGCACAGGCUGCAUGGACCUCUUGCCCUCCCUGGUGCAGCUCAUGGAAGCGGCCUGAGCCAGAUCUGCUGAGCGGGAGUGCGGGCGGGCGCGGGAACACAGGCUGCGCCGGGGGCGCUGAUCCUGGGGAUGGUGGGGAUCGGUGCCCUGAGCCUGCUGCACGAGGCAGCUCCUGCCCCACACAGGGAACCUCAGCACCAGCCCCCUGGCGCCUGCCCAGGUCCAUACAGCUGGGGGCCACGGGCUGUCUGUGGGAAAGGAGCAGAGAGGUGCCUGGCUCCAUUGCACCGUGUCCCCGCCCCGUGAUGCAAGAACGGCUGGGGACUGGCCCAGGCAGGACGGGGCCAGAGAAAGAUGCAGAGCCAGUGUGGGCUGUGGUGACAAGGACCCGGGCUGCUUCUCUCUCUGGGCUGGGUGCCCCUCAGGACGCGCCCUGCUGAGCCAGCGGGCCCUGCCCGGGUGGGAGUGAGCAGGGCUCAGGCCCAGCGUGGGGCGUGGCCUGGUGCAGGUGGGCAUGGCAGGAGUGUCUGCCCCCCUGCUUGUUCUGAGAGUCACAUCCCUGCAGUCCUGCUGCUGCCUCUCCCUAGUGCCCUGGAGGGUGACGGGCCAGCUGGCGGGGGACCUGGCCCGAUGAACCCUGGGGCCCAAAGGGCAGCGGGUGCUAGGUGCCCAGUUUGCAUGGCAGACGCCUUGGAGCUCAUCCCUCCAGUGUGUCCUAAUGGAGGCCCUGCCUGGGGGGGAAGGGGGGGCAGAGGGCACUGCUUUGCCUGCAGGAGGCUCCUGGGCACUGGGGUGCAGCUGCAGGGUGGCUUGGAGGCGGGUGCCCGCUGUGGCUGGCACCGGGGCUGGGAGCAUCCCCACACCGGAAAGCAGGUGGUGCAAUGGGGGGGCUCUACUCACAUGCCUCCCUUACCCUGCUGUGUCUCUCACCCAGGGGCCCACCUGCCCCAUUGGACGGCACCUGCCCAGGCCAUAGUCCAGCACGGGGCCCCUGUGCCCGAGGUGCCCCCAGCAGCGCUGCCCAGGCCAUGCUGCAAAGCCAGGGGGUAGCAAUGGAAGUCAGUGUCAAUCACGUGGCUUUCCCGGCCACUCAGCCUGCAGGAUACCCUGGCCUGCCCCUGCCCCGGCAAAGGGUGUGUCCCUGGGCCCUUGGGCUCCGGCCUGGGGUGGGGGGAGCCAUGUGCCCCCAGGGGAGAGCCCAUCACUUUCCUGCCUCUCCAGCCAAUCAGCACGCAGGGAUCACUCACUGGGCUGAAGUGCACCUUUUCGGCCAAUCAGUGUACAGGAUUCCCAGGCAGUGAGGAAGCACCUGAUCCCCACAGAACAGUCCUGAUUGGCUGGGGAGAGGCAUAUUGUAGCUCCCACCGGCUGCAGCGUUGGCUCAAACAGCUGGCGGGGGGAGAGGGAUGCCCCCCUGGGCCCUGGCGCGCCCCAUGGUGCCCCAGCUCUCAGUGAUCCAGGCCGCCAGGCGCAGCCGCUCGGGGCAGUGUCCACCCCGUUAUGAGCACAUAACUCACCCCAAGUGCAAGGGGGGAGCAGACAUUGCCUCCCAGCACCUAGCCUGGCCAGCGCCCAGGUGCCUCGUGGCCCUGCUGGGGGGCAGCACAGGGCGGGUUAGGUGAUGGCAGAGCUGGCAGUGGGGCACUGGAAGGGGUCAGAGCUGUGGGGAGCAUGGGUCAGAGCUGGCCCAAGCCAUUAGAGCCCCGUGCCGGGCGCCUUCCCCCAGCCCUUGCCAGCCAUGUGCCCUCCUUGCCCCGCCAGCCCUCGCUGUCCUGCUGCCUCCAGCCUAUGCCAUGGCCUGGCACUGCUCAUGAUGCCACGGGCAGGGGCAUUCAGUGGCAGCCCCAUGGGCUGUGCCUGGCACAGGAGGCUCGCAAAGCUCUUGGCUCCUGUUAAGGCCCCUGCCAAGGGGGCAGGCACACAGUGCCACCUGCUCUGUGAUGUCUCAGCCAGUGGAAGGGAGCCAGUGCCGGUGGCACACGGGCACGGGGCCGUUGCACCCGGUCCCACGCCCGACCUGUGCCCCCCUUGGCAGAACACCACCCGCUCGUCCCCGAGUGCCUUGCAGCUGCGUGGGCAGGUGUAUGACACGCACCUGGCAUAACAGCCCCCGCACAGGGCUAGAGGGGAGGGGGGAUGUGCACUCCCAGUGGGGGGGGGUCCCCCCCCACAAUCUGCCUGCCGAUCCAGAGGCGUUGGCGUGCUGCACCGAUCACAAGGACUGAGCCAGGCCAGGCAGCUGCCGGGACUUUGCCAUUUACUUCUUCUUUUUCCUCGUUUUUUGGGUAAAACUUGUGAACUUGGAUGUUGGGUAAUAAAACCUGGAAAACCU